AAAGAGACGGCGUGUCUAGCCUGAUUCUCCAGCGGGUCCCGGGGAACUGACUGGCGGCGUUUUGGGAUUAGAUGUGCCCGUGAGCCGCAAUCUCUUUACCACUUUCCUUACAAGGGAGGAAGACUCCCCUCACUUUCGCCCCCCUAGGUCCCGCGCUUGUCUCUCGAGUCUCACUGAAGUGUGCACCGCGCCGUGGGCUCCGAGACCAGUGUGGUGCCAAGGAGCCCAGAGAAGACCCCAGCUCAGCCUCUGCCGUGCCGCCGUUACCUGUGUGACUUUAGGUUUCCUGGGGCCGUGUAACCACGGAGCCAGCACUUGCGCCCUGCUGCAGCGAUGAGCCCCCCCAGGCUGCCCCUGAGCCAGCGGAUCCUCCGACCCCUUCUGUGGAGUUGGGGGAAGAAAAGGGCCUUGGAACCCCUGCUUCUCCAGAACAGUUCGGAGAAGCCCCUGUGGAGGAGGUGGUUAUUGGUGAAGAAGAGCAGGAACCCACCCCAAUUGAGAGCUUCCUCGACAUAGAUGGGGAAGCUCCCGCAUUUGUAGCUGGAGAAGUUCCCGAAUUGGGUCCUGAAUAUCCAGUGGAGGAAGUCUUGAUGGAGCCCAUCCCAGAAUGUGAAGGAUACUAUUCCUGGAACUACAAUUUCUCCCAGCCCCCUCGCCUUCUUAGUGGGUCCUGGUCAGAGUUUAGCUUUCAACCGGAGAACUUCUUAAAAGGCUGUAAAUGGGCCCCAGAUGGCUCCUGCCUCUUGACCAACAGUGCUGACAACACCCUUCGUAUUUAUAACCUACCUCCAGAGCUGUAUAAUGAGGAGGAAGAGCUCAAGAAUGCAGAAAUGGUCCCAGUUCUGCGUAUGGCGGAAGGUGACACUAUCUAUGAUUACUGUUGGUAUUCUCUGAUGAAUUCAGGCCAGCCAGACACAUGCUUUGUGGCCAGUAGCAGUCGUGAGAACCCUAUCCACAUCUGGGAUGCCUUCACUGGGCAGCUCCGGGCCUCUUUUCGUGCCUACAAUCACCUGGAUGAGUUGACUGCAGCCCAUUCUCUUUGUUUCUCCCCUGAUGGCUCAAAGCUCUUUUGUGGCUUCAAUAGAACUGUACGGAUCUUCUCUACAUCCCGACCUGGUAGACAAUUUGAAACACGACCCACAUUUGCCAAAAAACAGGGCCAGAGUGGGAUCAUUUCAUGCAUCGCAUUCAGCCCAACCCAACCUCUCUAUGCCUGUGGCUCCUAUGGCUGCUCCCUUGGUCUGUAUUCCCAGGAUGAUGGUUCUGCUCUUGCUCUGUUUUCGGGGCAUCAUGGGGGCAUCACCCACCUUUGCUUCCAUCCUGAUGGCAACCGUCUCUUCUCAGGGGCCCGAAAGGACACUGAGCUCCUGUGUUGGGAUCUCCGGCAGCCAGGCCACCUUCUUUUGUCCUUGACCCGAGAAAUCUCUACUAAUCAGCGUAUCUACUUUGACCUGGACCCGACAGGACAGUUUCUAGCAAGUGGCAGCACUGAUGGCAUUGUGUCUGUAUGGGACAUCAAUAGGGCUGGGGAAACACAGCUGGAGCCACUGAUGAGUUUUCUGCCUCAGAAGGACUGCACAAAUGGCAUUAGUCUCCACCCAAGCAUGCCUCUGCUGGCCACAUCCUCUGGCCAGCGUGUUUUCCCUGAGCCGACAAACAGUGAGGAUGAAGAAGGGCAGGCGAAGGGGGUUCCCCUGCUCUCUCUGAGCCAUGCCCAUCCUGACUUUCGCCUCCAGCUGUGGUGGUGUGGGGGUGCUUCAGAUCUAGAAACUCCUGACUGCAAAGAAAUGGGGAAAGAAGAUGGUCCAGGGGAGGGAGAAUGUGGGGUUGUAUAAAAGGUUUUCCUAGA